GGAAAAAUGCCCAGCUUUCAAAGUUGGAAACAGCUUGAAAAAUUGCAAAGAGAUCGAAGCUAGUGGUUUUGAGGGGCCUAUAUACUCUGGCAUUUCUGUCUUGAGCAGUUUAAAUGAACUAAGGAUUAGGGACUUAAAUGGUGGGAGUUCAAAGUUUCCACCGCUAGAGAACAUGCCAAACUUGACACGUUUGAUGUUGAGCAACUGCAAUAUAUCUGGAUCAAUCCCCGACUACGUAGCAAAUAUGCAUCAAUUGACAAUUUUAGACCUCAGUUUCAACAAGUUGGAAGGAAACAUUUCAAACUUAGAAGGGCUUAAAAGGGUAACCUUUAUGUAUUUGACAGGAAACUUGCUGACUGGGCCUAUUCCAGAAUGGAUCAAUAACAGAGAUGAUCAGAUUAUAGAUCUUUCCUAUAAUAACUUUACUGAGACAUCUGUGCUACCUUCGUGCACUAGCAAAACCCUAAAUUUGUUCAGAAGCUUCCCUAGAUGGAUAAACUUGGAAUUUGAUAAGUGCACUCCUUGUUUAGAAGAUUUGUAUUCAUUGCAUAUAAAUUGUGGCGGAGAAGAAGCCACCAUUGGAGAAACUACUUAUGAAGCAGAUGAAGACCCCAGAGGUUCAGUUCCUGAAAAAGAGAAUUGGGGAAUUAGUACCACGGGACGCUUUUGGGAUAUUAAUGUAACUGCGAGUGACUAUAUAGCGAAAAAUGUAUCCGUCCUCGUAGGGAACGACACUCGAUUGUUGUACACAAGAGCUCGCCUCUCUCCUCUGUCUCUCACCUAUUAUGGGCAUUGCUUUGCAGAUGGGAACUAUACUGUGAGUCUUCACUUUGCUGAGAUAAUAAUCAGAGAAAAUCAAUCUUUUCAGAGUCUUGGAAGACGGAUUUUUGAUAUUUAUAUCCAGGAUGAACUGGUUCGGAAGGAUUUUGAUAUUGUACAGGAAGCACAAGGGGUCGAUAAGGCAGUAGUGCUAAAAUUUAACAGUGUUGUUAAGGAAAAGACGUUGGAGAUUCGCUUUCAUUGGGCUGGGAAAGGGACUACAAUCGUCCCGACAAGAGGAACAUAUGGUCCACUCAUAUCAGCUAUUUCUGUGGAAUCUAAUUUUAAGCCGCCUUCUGAUGGGAAAAGGAAGAUAUUCACGGUAAUAAUUGGAUCUAUAGCUUCAGUAUCAUUCCUCAUUUUCACGACUCUCGGUAUUUUUUGGUGGAGAGGUUGUCCGGGAAGCAGUAUCUCAAGUGAACGAGAUCUUAGAGGAUUAGAUUUGCAAACUGGUUUAUUUACCUUUAGACAAAUUGAAACUGCUACUGAUAACUUCCAUGAGGCAAACAAAAUUGGGGAAGGAGGUUUUGGAUCUGUGUACAAGGGUAUACUAUUGGAUGGUACUGUAAUCGCAGUCAAGCAACUUUCUUCCAAAUCAAAGCAAGGAAAUCGUGAAUUUGUGAAUGAAAUAGGCUUGAUUUCUGGUUUACAGCACCCAAAUCUUGUAAGAUUGUAUGGAUGCUGUAUUGAAGAGAAUCAAUUACUACUGGUAUAUGAGUACAUGGAAAACAAUAGCCUUGCCCUAGCUCUGUUUGGUCCAAAGGAAUUGCAAUUGAAAUUAGAUUGGCCGACCAGACAAAGGAUUUGUGUUGGCAUAGCAAAAGGUUUGGUGUUCCUGCAUGAGGAAUCAACAUUAAAAAUUGUUCAUAGAGACAUCAAGACUACCAAUGUACUACUGGAUAGGGAUCUUAACCCUAAGAUAUCUGACUUUGGAUUGGCCAAGCUUCAUGAUGAGGAGAACACCCACAUUAGCACCAGAGUUGCUGGAACUGCAGGGUACAUGGCACCGGAAUAUGCACAAUGGGGUUACUUAACCUACAAAGCAGAUGUGUACAGUUUUGGGAUUGUUGCAUUGGAGAUUGUUGCCGGAAAGAACAACAUGAAAUAUCAUCCCAGUGAGAACGAUGUUUGUCUCCUUGAUUGGGCCUUAGCUUUACAACAAAAAGGAUGUCUGUUAGAGUUGGUGGAUCCAAAGUUGGAUUCCAAUUUCAACGAGGAAGAGGCAUUAAGGAUGAUCCAAGGAGCUCUAUUAUGCACUAAUCCAUCUCCGGCACUUAGGCCUACGAUGUCUGCAUUGGUAAGCAUGCUCGAAGGCCGUAUCAGCGUCCAGAACAUAAUCACGGACCCGAGUAUCUAUAGUGAUGAGUUGAGGUUCAAAGCCCUCAAAGGCAAAUAUGAGGCAGGGUCAAGUGAAAGUAAGACCUUCAUUGAUUCAUCAGAAGCAACACGAUAUGGAUCUUCCACCACAUCUGCUCGGGAUCUUUAUGAAAUCAAUCUUGAUUCUCAGUAACUAUAAGCAGUUGUGUGAAUUAUGUUAUUGUAGACUAAUGGAUUGCAUUCAUGCUUUUUCCUAGUUUAGAAAACAAAAAUUUGCAAUAAUUUCUACAAACAUACUAAAAUGCUAUCCAUGUUUUACAUUAUGUAUCGCCCUGCUUUCCUACAGAAAACAAUAUUGUACUUCUCAUGCUUGUCAAAGAGAAUUUCCCGAGUA